CCAUCGACGCGUUAUAUUGCGUCAUCAUUCUUCGCCGUUAUAUACUGUAGCGAGGAUCGCAUUUGAGGUUUAGUAAUGGAUUAAAAGUAGUGUGAGUCUUAGUUAUACUUUCGUGUUAGUUCAUAUUGGCAUAAGAAGAAUCUGAAUUCAGAUUUAAAGUUAAGGGUGAAGCUUCUCUUUAUUUUGAAGAUGGUAAACGUUCUUAAGGGAGUACUUAUUGAGUGUGACCCAGCCAUGAAGCAGUAUCUGCUUUACUUGGAUGAGACAAAUGCCUUGGGGAAGAAAUUUAUCAUACAAGACCUGGAUGAAACCCACCUUUUUGUUGUAGCUGAAGUUGUUCAAACUCUGCAGGACAGAGUAGGGGAAUUAAUGGACCAGAACUCAUUUCCAAUUACACAGAAAUAAUGGAGAAAAACAGUAGGACAUGCUGCCACUGGCAUAGAUAGUGCUUAAAAACGGUGUGCUUAUGGAUGUCCAUUCAAAGUAAGCCUUUUGAGGUACUGGAAGAAAAAUACUGAUUUCCUGCAGCAGAUGUCGUAAGAGGGUGACAUGUUUCAUACUGCCAUCUUCUUGCGAGCAGAAGUGUUGUGAAGAGGAGCUCUAUUGGAAUAUGAGUUUUUAUAAUUAUUUUCAUUGAAGUAUUGAUGAAAUUGUAGUGUUGAAGGUGUAUUGUAGAAAUAUUUAUGACAGUUGAUAAAAGCUGAUAUUUUAUUUUCCAGUUGUAAGAGAGCAACAUAAUCUUCAAUAAUUAAAAAAAAAAAAAAAAAAAAAAAACUGUGUACAGUUUUAUAAUCUUAGUGAUGUUUUUUUGUCAGCCUGAUCCCAAUAUGAUUUUUUUUGUCAACUUCCAAUCUUGGCUUGUGGUUUCUAGCAAACCAAAAAAACAGAUUUUCGUGUUUCUCAAAAGUUUAGCCCAAUACCCUGACUUUUUCUUUUGUUUACAUAUUUUGGUGAUUUGUAAAGUAAGUGAAGGGGGAGGUAGGAAUAUCGCUGUAUUAUUAACUACUUAUUGUUCUGAAGUAAUUCUCUCGUUCUUGACCAUUGUAUCUUAUUGGAUAAGAUGUUCCCUGAAAUCAUUACACAUCUGUAAUUAGUUAUUGCUCUUAAGUUGACAUUCCAUUUUUAUGUUUAUAAUUAAUUUUCUGAGGACUGUAGUUUUCAACCUGUACUGUUGCACCUGUGGCAUUUUGCUACAGUCAUUAGUAGCAGAGAUAGGUAAAAGUAAAGUGCAAAGGCCAGCAUUCUGCUGAUUUAAAUAUUGGAAUAAUAUUAAAACAAAAAACUUCCAGACUACUUUAUAUUUUAUAUCUGUCAGCUCUGAAUGGUUAUCCAGUUAGGAAUGUCUUGUUUUCUUCUUGAUACAAAUAUGAAGAAAAUGUGUCUUAUCUUAAUUUUGGGAAGGGGGUUCUGUAACAGUAAAUGUUAACACUAAGGUUAGGCCUGCAUAUCUUCACUGGUAAGUAAACCUUUUUCCAUAGCUGUUUUCCUUGUGAAGGCCAGUACUGGUCUCAAGCCAGCUUGCUGAUUGAUCCCAUACAUAUAGCAUUGGCAUGCACCCCAUUUACUACUUAGCACAAUUUUUCUCCAUUUAAAAACUGUUUGUCACGUGGAUGCUUGUUUCUUUCACAAGAGUAGUGUCAGUCACUUGUCAUUGUGAAUUUUAGCUGUAAUUUUGAAGAGAUCCAUCACUCCACCUUUAUUGAGAAUAUCUCAUGUAUAAGAGGAUGUCUUCUUUUUCAGAAUCUGCAAGUAUGUUUAUGGCAAACAGUUCCACUCUUGAAGUCUGAUGAGUUGUAUUUAAAAUUAAAUAAAGCUACUUUGUGUUGCAUUA